GAUUUGCUGGAUCCUGAUCUUCCAGGUCAAGUAGACGUUUUGGCCAAGGUGACGGGUGAAGAACUCCUUGGCUUGUGUCUGAAAGCUCCACUGAGUGUCUACAAGGAUGGUAUUUUCGCCCUUCCUAUGCUCUCCAUCUCUGCUAACAAGGGCACAGGUAUUGUCAGUAGCGUUCCCUCUGACUCACCCGAUGACUUCGCCACACUUCGAGAUCUACAGAACAAGAAGGGAUUUCGUGAGAAGUAUGGCAUUACUGAUUAUAUGGUUCUUCCUUUUCAACCCGUUGAGACUGUCGAAACUCCGGGAUUGGGUCGACUCGCCGCGCCCAAAGCUGUGGAGGAUAUGAAAAUUGGUAGCCAAAACGAUCGCGAAAAGCUGCAGGAAGCCAAGAACCUCGUCUACAAGCUUGGUUUCUAUGAUGGUAUUUUGUUAAAGGGUCCGUAUUCUGGACAAAAGGUCCAAAAUGCGAAGAAACUUAUCCACCAGGAUCUCAUCAAAUCGAAUGAAGCCAUGAUUUACUACGAACCGGAGAAACAAGUUGUGACGCGUAGUGGAGAUGAGGCUGUAGUCUCACUCUGCAACCAAUGGUACCUCGACUAUGGUGACAAAGAGUGGAAAGACCGGACUAGGGAAGCCCUUGAUAAGCUAAAUAUUGUAGAUGAAGCUCGCAACAACAUUGACGCCACAUUUAACUGGUUGCAGGAACAUGCUUGUUCAAGAACCUACGGCCUUGGAACACGUCUUCCUUGGGAUGAGACCUGGCUCAUUGAAUCUCUCUCAGACUCGACAAUCUAUAUGGCUUACCAGACUAUUGCUCAUCUCCUACAUUCAAACAUGGAGGGAACUGCAUGUGGACCUCUUAACAUCUACCCCGAGCACAUGACCCCAGCGGUCUGGGAUUACAUCUUCUUGGGAAAAGGCGAUCCAGUCAAACUGGCGACUGAGCGCUUCACUUCGGUCACGGUGGAUUCUCUCAAUAUUCUUCGGAGGGAAUUCCUUUGUUGGUAUCCUGUUGAUCUACACGUCAGUGGAAAGGACCUGCUGCCGAACCAUCUCACGUACUAUCUCUACAACCACGUUGCUAUGUGGCCUGAUGAGCCUCAACUUUGGCCCAAGGCUAUCCGUACCAAUGGUUUGCUCCUUUUGAACUCUGAAAAGAUGUCAAAAUCAUCCGGAAACUUCUUGACUCUCAAUGAUGCCAUUGACAAGUAUGCUUCUGACGGAUUGCGAUUGGCUCUUGCUGAUGCCGGUGAUACACUGGAGGACGCGAAUAUGGACGAAUCGAUGGCAGAAGCCGGUCUCUUGAGACUUUAUGCCCUCUAUGAAUGGAUCUGUACAACUAUUCAGGCUUUGGAAAAUCCCGAAGCCUCUGGUUUCAGAACAGGAGUCGCAGACCUACAUGCUGACAAGGUUUUUGAAAAUGAUCUACGUCGCACAGUCGCCAAUGCUGACGAUUGUUACACUGCUCAAAACUACAAAGAUGCUCUCAGAGUUGUCUUCUACGAGUUUAUUGCCUGCAAAGAUCGCUAUCGAGAGGUCUGCCAAAAGCAUGGAAUGCAUGCCGAUCUUGUUAGAAGAUACAUUGAACUUCAAACUAUCCUCCUGUCUCCAAUCUGCUCUCACAUUUGCGAACACAUCUGGCGUAGUCUCAAUCACAAAGAGAGCAUUUUCAAGGGCACAUGGCCUUCCAAAGUCGACGCGGUCGAUCAGAAGAUUCUUUUAGAAGGUCGCUACUUGGACGAUGCAGCUCGUGCUUUCCGUUUGCAGCUCAAACAAGCUCUAGCAGUAAAGGUCCCAAAAGCCAAAGCUGCCAUUACUGUUGAUGCUAGAAACACCAAGUUGAAAGCACCUAAACAGCCCACAAAUGCCACAAUAUGGAUAGCAAAGUCCUAUCCAACCUGGCAGGCAACAAUUCUGAACACACUAAAAUCCCUCCUGAAUGAAUCCGGUGAGCUACCCGACAAUGGAACUAUCUCACAGGCUCUGCAGCCCCAUAUGAAAUCUAUGGGCAAACAGGCCAAAGGUGCAAUGUCCUUUGUUCAGCUCCUCCGUGAACGCUUCCAAACCAACGGAAAAAGUGCCUUGGAUGCUGUACCUGAACUUGAUGAAGAGGGCGUUUUGCGAGCAAAUGCUGAAUAUCUCAUUGCUACUCUCGGUUUGGACAUCGAUGGGUUGGAGAUAUGUGAUUCCUCAAAGUCAGACGAUGUGAGAAUUAAAGAGACCGUUUCCCCUCUGAAACCCACAAUUGUGUUUCAAAAUCAGAAACCCAGUGUUGCCGUGAAAGCUGCCAAUCCUGUUGUGGGUUCAGGUCUCUUCUCAGUGAAUUCUCUUGCUAUUCACGACGGCGAUACUGUGGAUCGGGUUGCCAAGCGACUCCUCAAGAUUUGCCGUUCAACCAUGGUGGCUGCGGAAGCCGUUGACGCCGUUGAGCUUUAUCGCUUCGUUGAGCCUAUGAAGGAUGCUAAAAUCUUGCCUCCAAUUCCACUGGAGCGUUUAUCGAAGCUCAGUCCCACUGAAAAUUUCGUUGUGGAUGUAGACAGCGGCACGAUCAGUCUUUCUGCACCCGGUGGUCUUGUGAAAAUCGGUGAUAGGAUAAUCUACACUGACAUCAAGCAUCCUCUGAUCUGA